AUUUGCUGAAUCAUUCUCCCCGCAAAGCUAAUUGGCACCAUGAGCAUGCAUUUGAAUAUUCAUCGGACCCACGCAGCGACGCAUAAGUUGAACUUUAAAGUUAGACGCGUUUGACAAUGACAUGCCGUUUGUCAGAUAAACGCGCAACUACCCACAUAUCAAAGAAGAAAAAAAGGAGAGCCGAGAGAUUGGCCGGGGGCUGGCUGUCCUUUGGUGGAUGCCAAGAUGCUAUUUCCCGCGCGGCUCGUUCUACAACCAUCAACACGAACAUGGGAAUCCGAGAG